GCAGCUGACUUCCGGUUUUUCUUUCCGCGUGACUCCUCACGUGACCUCUGACGGAACCGCUCACAUGACCGACUGAUCUGUGCGGAACCGAACGAGCAGCUCCGGUGAUGGCGGGCCGCGGAAAACUGAUCGCUGUCAUCGGCGACGAGGACACCUGCACGGGCUUCCUGCUCGGCGGGAUCGGAGAGCUGAACAAGAACCGGAAGCCCAAUUUCCUGGUGGUGGAGAAGGACACGAGCAUCACGGAGAUCGAGGAGACGUUCAAG